AUGGUUGUUUGGGAAGCACAGUUGGAACAACUCAAUCACAUAUGCAUUUACGCUACGGAGAAUAUACCGAAAGGAAAAGAAAUUACCAUCUCCUAUGGGCAGUCGUGGUGGGAUGCCAAGCUGCCUCAAUUUUCUUGCCGUUGUGGUCAUCCGAACUGCGAAUAUUCCGAAGAUCGACGGAAAACUGAACUGCAACGAUUGGCAGCUGAGAUGACAGCGGAUCUUCAGGCUAGAUCUGCUUCAGCGGUCUCAAUUUCGAGCAGCGACGAUAGCGAUGAAAAACGUUCUGUUUAA